ACUAUCAUGUUUGACAUUUAAUGAGACUUACGGUUUAAUUUGUCAAAAAAGUUAAUGUGACAUGGUUUCAAAGUGUAUACAUAUUAGUACUCGUGACCGUACUUAUUUCAUCUUGCGAUGGAGGUACCUCUGACUACCUAGUGAGUUUAUGUAUACUUAAUGUAACAUUCAAUCGUUUUUAGAUUUACAGCGUUUCCGUGACAACGUGGCGGACGCCUUCGACUCGGUCGCGGGCAAGGUUACUUCGAACUACCAGACGCUCACGCAGCGCAUGCGCCGCUUCUUCGCCGACGAGUGGAGCAACGUCCGCAACCAAGUGUUCCCUGGAGCCGCCGAGAUGGAGAAGCGGUACAACGCGCGGGUGGAGCCUAGCACGGUCCGUUCAUCCCUGGGCCGAGCCUCCGGAGCCCUAUACUUCAUAACCCCCAAGCCAAUCACAAACAUCACCGAGUCGACUACGAGUAGCGCUACUACAUCGACUUCAACUACGAGUUCUACUACAACUAUUAGAACUACGACUUCAACUACAGACACCUUACCACUAUUCAAGAAGAAGGUUAUGAAACAUCUGACGAAAGUCCAGUUGAGUAAGGCGAAGCUCGACGCUACUACUGGCGACUCAAUACUAGUAUUUUAAUAUAAUGUAACUUAGCAACAUACUAGCCUCUAGUGCGUAUAAUCCGCGGGGUGUCAGUUGCUUCUAUGCUGUUCGGGGAGCGAAAAAAACACAUAACUACUUACGUAAAGCCGUUGGUCACGGUUACUACUUGCUGAUGUGUAUGCCUGCCUCGGUUACUACGUGCCUUCCGAAUCACGGAUCACCUUACUUUCCUUUACCUUGA